AUGACAGGACCGGAUUCCGGACACAAGUUUACUGGAGCGGACGGGAAUCCUCAGUACCUACGCCAUACUGAGACAGCUGUAACUGCCUUGGAGCGGCCACUUCGUCCGGAUGGACGACGAGCGGCUACCCAAACGACUCUUCUACAGAGAGGUCGCCACGGUUUUCCGCCGACAAGGAGGUCAAGUCCGUCGCUACAAGGACACUCUGAAGACCUACCUGAAGCGUCUGCAGAUCAAUCCGGCCAACUAGGAAGACCUCGCACGAGACCGACCUGGAGGACAGUGAAGACAGACGCAGCGAUCUACGGCACCGCACCACCGCCGUCAAAGCCAAACGCGAGGCUCGCAAAUCCCAACUGCGUCCACCUCGCAACGCCAACAAUAAAUCACCCCGACUUGCCCACGCUUCCAGCGGACGUUCCGGGUACCAAUCGGCCUCGUAGGACAUCUUCGUACCGACUGCAGCACCCGCACUUCAUCAUCCAGCUCUGCCUCAUCCUCUACGCCGCCAACUACCAUUGGCCGCACUCUCGAACCCCCAUUACCACCACCACCACCACCACCACCACCACCACCACCACCACCACCACCACCACCACCACCACCACCACCACCAUCAUCGUCAUCCUCAUCAUCAUCAUUGCUUUAACAUCCGCUACGGUGGCUCCUUUACCCAUCACUACUGCACACAAUCCUGACACACCAACAAUAUAA